AUUGUGAAAGUAAGGGGUCCAGCAUCCUGGAAAUUUCCGAUCGGAUGAGCUGCACUACUUGUCAAUGCACGUUUGACAGCAGAGAGGAACAGAAAGAACAUUACACAUUGGACUGGCACCGCUUUAACCUGAAACGUAGAAUCAAGGGGGCAGGUUCUCUGAGCGAGGAAGACUUCCAGAACAAGACGCAGGCAGGGGACGUGUCCAGUAUUUCUGGCUCCGAUUUGGACAGCUCAGAUGAAGAUGAUUCAAGAGCCUCCCUUGAGUCCAGUGUAGAGUCCUCUAUGUAUUCAGGUCAUCCGAAUCGCUCCCAAAGGGUACUAUUCAGGAAUGGACAGGGGAAACUGCUAUCUAUGUACCGUUGUGUGCUGGGGGUAGAAAAGGACAUGGAAGUGAUCCCAGAACAGCUACUGGGCUGCAUAAAGAGUCUGCAGGACCGACCAACAGUGGUGAUUCUUAUGGCUGGAGGAGGACAUUUUGCCGGCGCAGUGUUCAAAGGGAAGGAGGUGCUCAAACACAAGACCUUCCACCGGUACACAGUACGAGCAAAAAGGGGAACUUCUCAAGCCCUUCAUGAUGCCCAGAACCGCAGUCACAUGGCCAAGUCUGCUGGGGCAGCUCUGAGACGAUACAACCAGGCUGCACUAAUGACGGACAUAAACCAGUUGUUGCAAAGUUGGACAGAACACAUCGCUGAGGCUCGUGGAAUUUUCCUGCGUGCUCCUCGCUCUGAUAAGACCCUUUUCUUGGGGCGGAACUCCCCCAUCCCAAAGAAGGACCCACGCGUUCAUGGCAUUCCCUUCAUCACUAGGAGAGCCACCUUCCGAGAGGUUCAGCAUGUACACACACAGCUCUUUACACUGCAGGUACACGACAGGGAAGUACCAGUCACUGGAAUACGGGAGAGAUCUGUCAGAUCCAGAAGACCCAGACGGACAGAGAUCCAGGAAGAGACCACCGAUGCCCCCGAGCAGUCGGAAGAUGAUGUUCCAGUGCUGGAAGAAUAUAUAGAAGAAGAGCUGACCAUCAGCACGUUGGAUCUCAGGGAACACGAAGUGUAUCCAAAAAGAAAAAGGAAAAAGAAGAAGAAAGAUGUCUCAGAGUCUGUGGCUACCCAGGAUGGUGGCGGAUCAGGCUCUAGAUCUCAGCGGCAGACAGAUAAUUCCACUGAUGAUUAUGUUGGCGAAGAGUUGGCCAGUCUGGAGUCACCAGCAUCGGCAAUCGAAGGUGAUGAGCUGAGCAGGGUGCGGAAUGCCUUGUUCACGUGCUGCAAGACGGGAGAUUCUGAGACCACUAAACAGAUCCUGCAGGAUCAUAUCCCUGACUUUUCCUCUUCCUCACCCCCU